GCUGAGCUCACGGGGGAAUGUGGAGGCGCCACCUCUCCUCACUCACUGACUGACACACAGGCGCCUCGCCCCGCCUCUCUCUCCCCUGCGGCCGGCCUGUCAGGCUUUAGCCGAGCAGCUAGUGAGUGUGAAUGAGCCGGGGAGGAGCGCACGCAGAGUCCGCAGUAGCAGCAGCAGUAGCAGCAGUAGCAAUAAGCCGAAGAGGAGCAGCAUCAGCACCAGCACCCUGAUCAUGGCAGCGGAGCAGCAGCAGCAGAGCGAGUCCCCGGUGCACAGUCCGCAGCCCUCAGCACAGCCCAUCGGCUGGCCCAUCUGCAGGGAAAGCUACGAACUACAGGAGGUUAUUGGCAGUGGUGCGACAGCUGUGGUUCAGGCAGCACUAUGCAAACUCAGACAAGAACGAGUCGCCAUAAAACGAAUCAAUUUAGAAAAAUGCCAGACUAGUAUGGAUGAGCUGCUUAAAGAAAUCCAAGCCAUGAGUCAGUGCAGCCACCCUAAUAUUGUGACAUAUUAUACCUCGUUUGUGGUGAAGGAAGAGCUGUGGCUGGUCAUGAAAUUAUUAAGCGGAGGUUCUAUGUUGGAUAUUAUAAAGCAUGUAGUAGGGAGGGGAGAACAUAAGAAUGGAGUUCUGGAAGAGUCAAUCAUUGCAACGAUUCUUAAAGAAGUUUUGGAAGGUCUAGAUUAUCUGCACCGGAAUGGACAAAUUCACAGGGAUUUAAAAGCUGGUAAUAUCCUAUUAGGAGAAGAUGGAUCAGUGCAGAUAGCAGAUUUUGGAGUAAGUUCAUUUUUAGCAACAGGCGGAGACGUCACCAGGAAUAAAGUAAGGAAAACAUUUGUGGGAACUCCAUGCUGGAUGGCACCUGAAGUGAUGGAGCAGGUGAGAGGCUAUGACUUUAAGGCUGAUAUGUGGAGUUUUGGAAUAACUGCCAUUGAAUUAGCAACCGGUUCUGCUCCUUACUACAAGUAUCCUCCUAUGAAGGUCUUAAUGUUGACCCUGCAGAAUGAUCCUCCCACCCUAGAAACAGGAGUGGAAGACAAAGAGAUGAUGAGGAAAUAUGGGAAAUCAUUUAGGAAGCUCAUUUCGAUGUGUCUCCAAAAAGAUCCAUCAAAGAGGCCGACAGCAGCUGAACUAUUAAAAUGUAAAUUCUUCCAAAAAGCUAAGAAUAGGGAGUAUCUCAUUGAAAAACUUCUCAUCAAAACACCAAAUAUUGUACUGAGGGGAAAGAAGGAUGAGCAGAGUCCUCGGAAAACAAGCUUGAUGGCAGGUUCUGAAACAGACCAAGAUAACAACAGAAGGGUCCGGCGAGUUCCUGGGUCAAGUGGUCAUCUACAUAAGAAUGAAGAUGGAGAUUGGGAAUGGAGUGAUGAUGAGUUAGAAGAGAAGAGUGCAGAAUUUAAAGAUUCAUAUUCCAAAGAAAAGUCAAGAGAAGACAAUGAAUGUGAAAAUGCAGAAAUUACCACAGAUAGCAAUAUGCAAGCACGAAUACAAAACUUAUCUGUACAGGACACUCAGGCACAAUAUAAUGAAAGCCAUGUAGAAAGCGGACUGUCAUCUGCUGUUAACCUUGUUCUGAGGUUAAGGAAUUCCAGAAAAGAACUUAAUGACAUACGAUUUGAAUUUACUCCAGGAAGGGAUACAGCAGAUGGUGUUUCGCAGGAGCUCUUCUCAGCAGGACUUGUGGACGGUCAUGAUGUAGUUAUAGUUGCAGCUAAUUUGCAGAAGAUGAUAGAUGACCCACUGACAUAUAAAACAUUAACUUUUAAGCUGGCAUCUGGUUAUGAUGGGACAGAGAUUCCUGAUGAAGUGAAGCUGAUUGGAUUUGCCCAAAUUAGCAUCAGCUGAUUUAGAAGCAAUUUGUUGACCUGUAGAAUCACAAUUUUGGAAGAGGCCAUCUUAUACAAAAAGGGAAAAUAGCAUAACACAAAACUUCCUUCAUAGUCUACAAAUUCACAAAAAGGCAACAAGCAGGAGCUAACAAUUGCCUUCCACAGUUCACAGAAUCUAUGGCGCUGACUACCAGCCUUGUAGUUUCUACAGCUUGCUUUAAACAUGCUAGCACUCAAUGGGUUAAAGCUGUCCAAGAAGAUACUCAGUUUUGAAAAUCCCAAAACAAAACCAAAUAUAAAAGUAAAGUUGCACUUAAAGCUAAUGUCAAUAAUUCUUAGUUAUAGUUACUUAUAAUGGGUAUUUUAUAAAAAAAAAUAGCUACUUCUCUGUUUAUUAGAAAAAAAUUAUC